CAUCCUUGAUCAUUGCCUUCACACCCACAUCAACCAGAAACAGUUUUCAACCGGUGUCCACACUAUAAAAUCCAGCCACCACCCUAGCUAGCAGUGCAGCCAGUGCUCUACCCGUGAAUCCUCAGUGUCCGGUUCGUGCCAUUUGCGCAGAGCGCAGCUCUGAGACUGGGGUUUCUCGAAGGCUUAAAAGGCGAGUAGUAGGCGGCCCAGGAAGAAGUACACUGCACAUUCAGGAGGCAGCGAUAGCAACCAGCGCUUUGCACCAAUGGCUGCCGGCAGCGCCACCUCGAGCUCUUGUGCGCUCCUCGUCUCCGUCCUUUUUGCCGCGUUCCUCUUCGGCGUAGGGGAGACCGGGGCUGUGCACAAGGUGGUCGACCCCGAGUGGCAUCAGGCCACCGCGACCUGGUACGGCAGCGCCGAAGGCGACGGCAGCGAUGGCGGCGCGUGCGGGUACGGGACGCUGGUGGACGUGGUGCCGAUGAAGGCCCGCGUGGGCGCGGUGAGCCCGGUGCUGUUCAAGGCCGGCGAGGGCUGCGGCGCCUGCUACAAGGUCAGGUGCCUCGACCGCGGCAUCUGCUCGCGCCGCGCCGUCACCGUCAUCGUCACCGACGAGUGCCCCGGCGGCUACUGCUCCCUGGGCCGGACGCACUUCGACCUCAGCGGCGCCGCGUUCGGUAGGCUGGCCGUCGCCGGACACGGCGGGCAGCUGCGCAACCGAGGCGAGAUCUCCGUCGUGUUCCGCAGGACACCAUGCAAGUACCGGGGGAAGAACAUCGCCUUCCGCGUGGUCGAGGGUUCGACGAGCUUCUGGCUCUCGCUUCUGGUGGAGUUCGAGGAUGGCGAUGGUGACAUUGGAUCCAUGCAGCUCAAGCAGCUACCAACAUCGAUACAACCAACAAUCGAUGCUGGAAUGAAAGCAGCAGAUUCAAGCCUGAAAGAAACGAAAGAAAAAAAUACAAAAGGAACAAAUGUCUAUAACGACGGAUCAACAAAAACGAAGAAGCCUCGUAACCGAUGCUCCCACCGGUUAUCUCCCAUCAAGCUCCUAGACACCAAAGCGCUGGGACCAAUCAACAACUUCAUGAAGGGAUGCGACGUUGAAGACGCUCCGGAGCUCGCCACCAUACUAGCCACCACCCUGCGGUACGCGACGAGGAGAAGGGAAGGGUAACCCCUGACGCCCUAUAGGAAGGUCCGACGACACCCUCAGGCGCCACCGCAUUGGUGUCAGCCAGGCCGACAUGAAUUUAUCCCGAUGCCAGCCUUCACCUCGAGCGCUCCGGAGCUCGCCACCAUACUAACCACCACCCUGCGCCAACAUGGUCUUGAAGCUUCCUAUGCCGUCUCACCACAACACUAUGAAGUGGGGCCUGCACAACAAAGAAGAAGAGCCAGGACUAGGGGCCACAACACCGUCGACGACGGUAACCGACCAGGCGCAAUAGCAUGAGCAUACCAAACCCAUUGGCCCACAAGCCCGGCAAGGCCCUGAGAUGCCCGUAAAGCUCCUGUCGUCGCGCUGUAGAAGGCGUGCCAUCAGCAUCGCCGCCCCCUGUCUAAGCUCCUCCUCCUCCUCAUCGCGUAGAAGGCGUCGAAGCCGAUUGGAGCCAGCCCGCUAGGACCCAUAUGGGCCCCUAAGGUCCUAUAUCUGCGUCGGGGGGGGGCGUUGCCCGCCACCCUGCGCCACUAAUCUUCCCUGCCGCCAAGGAGCAGUGCCGUCAUCUCACCAGCUGCCGGCCAUCGCCUCGAGGUCGCUCGGACGUAGUAGGCCGAGCCGUGUCGCCGUCGACCCCCUGCCCCGGGAAGGAUAUCCGCGCGCGAGAAAAGGAGAUCGCGCCGCUUUCAACACCACCCGGGCCAGAUCCAGGGUGCC